ACAAACGCUGCCCGGGAUUGCCGCCCGCCCGCUCGCGCCGUGCGGUUCCGCUCCUCCUCCUCGCGGCCCCACAUUGUUCUCUCAGGACGCCGGGGUCCCCGGGCCGCUUCCCCCGCGGCCCCGCGGCGGGGCUGGAUUAGCUUGUCCCCGCAGGGAGGUGCGGGAGCGCGCGGCAGCCCCGCAGUAUGAGGUGGUGCCGGCGGCUCGGGGCCGUGGCGCGGCCGCUGCGGCGCCGGCUGCUGGGCGGGCGCUGAGGGAGCCCCGGGGGCGGCGCGGCCGGGCCUCCAGGCUUUUCUUCUGCAGCCGGGAGGACGCGGCUGGGGCACGAAGACCUCGUGUGGACAGUAAUGACCUCACGUUUCCGAUUGCCUGCUGGCAGAACCUACAAUGUACGAGCAUCAGAGUUGGCCCGAGAUAGACUGCAUACAGAGGUGGUUUGCAACAUCCUUCUUCUGGAUAACACUGUACAGGCUUUCAAAGUUAAUAAACAUGAUCAGGGGCAGGUUCUGUUGGAGAUGGUCUUCAGGCACCUUGAUUUGACUGAGCGUGACUAUUUUGGUUUACAGCUGGCUGACGAUUGCACAGAUAACCCAAGGUGGCUGGAUCCAAACAAACCAAUAAGGAAGCAGCUAAAGAGAGGAUCUCCUUACAGUUUGAACUUUAGAGUCAAAUUUUUUGUAAGUGACCCCAACAAGUUACAAGAAGAAUAUACAAGGUACCAGUAUUUUUUGCAAAUCAAACAAGACAUUCUUACUGGAAGAUUGCCCUGUCCUUAUAACACUGCUGCUCUUUUGGCUUCAUUUGCUGUUCAGUCUGAACUUGGAGACUACAAUCAAUCAGAAAACUUGCCAGGCUACCUCUCAGAUUAUUCUUUCAUUCCUAAUCAACCUCAAGAUUUUGAAAAAGAAAUUGCAAAACUACAUCAGCAACAUACAGGCUUAUCUCCUGCAGAAGCAGAAUUUAAUUACCUGAACACAGCACGUACCUUAGAACUCUAUGGAGUUGAAUUCCACUAUGCAAGGGAUCAAAGUAACAAUGAAAUUAUGAUUGGAGUGAUGUCAGGAGGAAUUCUGAUUUAUAAGAACAGAGUACGAAUGAAUACCUUUCCAUGGUUGAAGAUUGUAAAAAUUUCUUUUAAGUGCAAACAGUUUUUUAUUCAACUGAGAAAAGAAUUGCAUGAAUCUAGAGAAACAUUAUUGGGAUUUAACAUGGUGAAUUACAGAGCCUGUAAAAACUUGUGGAAAGCAUGUGUAGAACAUCACACAUUCUUCCGUUUGGACAGACCACUUCCACCUCAAAAGAAUUUUUUUGCACAUUAUUUUACAUUAGGUUCAAAAUUCCGGUAUUGUGGGAGAACUGAAGUCCAGUCAGUUCAAUAUGGCAAAGAAAAGGCAAAUAAAGACAGGGUGUUUGCAAGAUCCCCAAGUAAGCCCUUGGCACGGAAAUUAAUGGAUUGGGAAGUAGUAAGCAGAAAUUCACUAUCUGAUGACAGGUUGGAAACACAAAGCCUUCCGUCGCGAUCCCCACCUGGCACUCCUAAUCAUCGAAAUUCUGCGUUCACCCAAGAGGGAACCAGGUUACGGCCGUCUUCAGUGGGUCAUUUGGUCGGCCACGUGGUUCACACCUGCCCAGGCGAGGCAUUCGUGAGGCAUCGGUCUCCAUCUUCCACACAAGCUAACAGCAUUGUUUUGGAAUCAUCUCCAUCACAAGAGACCCCUGGAGAUGGGCAGCCUCCAGCUUUACCACCCAAACAAUCAAAGAAAAACAGUUGGAACCAAAUUCAUUUUUCACAUUCUCAACAAGAUCUGGAAAACCAUAUUAAUGAAACAUUUGAUGUUCCAUCUUCCCCUGAAAAAGCUACUCCUAAUGGUGGUAUUCCACAUGAUAAUCUUGUCCUAAUCAGAAUGCAACCUGAUGAAAAUGGAAGGUUUGGAUUCAAUGUAAAGGGAGGAUGUGACCAGAAGAUGCCUGUGAUCGUGUCCCGAGUUGCGCCAGGAACACCUGCCGACCUGUGUGUCCCUCGACUGAACGAAGGGGACCAAGUGGUGCUGAUCAAUGGUCGGGACGUUGCAGGACACACCCACGACCAGGUGGUCCUGCUCAUCAAAGCGAGCUGCGAGAGGCAUUCUGGGGAGCUCGUCCUCCUAGUUCGACCCAAUGCUGUGUAUGAUGUAGUGGAAGAAAAGCUAGAGAAUGAGCCGGACUUCCAGUACAUUCCUGAGAAAGCCCCUCUAGAUAGCAUCCAUCAGGAUGACCAUUCCCUGCGGGAGUCGAUGGUCCAGCUGGCUGCGGGGCUUAUCACUGGAACAGUGCUGACACAGUUUGACCAACUAUAUCGGAAAAAACCUGGAAUGACAAUGUCUUGUGCCAAAUUACCUCAGAACAUUUCCAAAAAUAGAUACAGAGAUAUUUCGCCUUAUGAUGCUACACGGGUCAUUUUAAAGGGUAAUGAAGACUAUAUCAAUGCAAAUUAUAUAAAUAUGGAAAUUCCUUCCUCUAGAAUAAUAAAUCAGUACAUCGCUUGCCAAGGGCCGUUGCCACACACCUGUGCGGACUUCUGGCAGAUGGCCUGGGAACAAGGCUGCUCCACGGUUGUGAUGCUGACCACGCAGGCCGAGCGUGGCAGAGUUAAGUGUCACCAGUAUUGGCCGGAACCCACAGGAAGUUCAUCCUAUGGGUGCUACCAAGUCACCUGCCACUCGGAAGAAGGAAACACUGCAUAUGUCUUCAGGAAGAUGACACUGUUUAACCAGGAGAAAAAUGAGAGUCGGCAACUCACUCAGAUCCAGUAUAUAGCCUGGCCCGACCAUGGGGUCCCUGACGAUUCAAGCGACUUUCUGGAUUUUGUUUGCCAUGUACGAAAUAAGAGGGCCGGCAAGGAAGAACCUGUUGUUGUUCAUUGCAGUGCUGGGAUUGGAAGAACCGGGGUUCUUAUUACCAUGGAAACAGCCAUGUGUCUCAUUGAAUGCAAUCAGCCAGUUUAUCCACUAGAUAUUGUGAGAACAAUGAGAGAUCAACGAGCCAUGAUGAUCCAAACUCCUAGUCAAUACAGAUUUGUAUGUGAAGCUAUUUUGAAAGUUUAUGAAGAAGGAUUUGUUAAACCUUUAACGACAUCAUCAAAUAAAUAAGAAAGCAAAGGUCUGGGAUAUGUGUUGGAAAACUGCUUUCCAUUAUAUUCACUGUGCCAUAAUACUGCUUGCAGGAAAUGGCAUCUAAACAGACAAAAAAAAAAAAAAAAAAAGAAGAACUAACAAAAACUGAAAACUUCAGCACUGUUGCACUUUAUGUUUCAAAAAAGAGUCACUCUCUCAAAAUCUGGAAUUCAUGUGUUUGAAGACUCUUUCACGCUUUGCUCCGAACAAAUAGCGAAUAACUGAGUAUGUUCAGGGUAAUUUACGGAAUCUUGUGGUGGUGCCACGCAGUCCCCUUCUGGUAGAAUUGCCACAAACAAGGCUCGGAAUUCUCAUCGUCUCUGUUGUACACCUGUAUCUUGAAAGCAAAAAGAAGUCAACGUCAGGAGUCAGCUCUGGUGUUUCCCAGUGAUUCCUGUUCUUGCUAUACUGGUUACCAGAUGUUACGUUUUAAAGGUUAGCAAUAUCAUUCUCAGUAUUAGCCGAUACACUGCCUGUGGAUGCAGCCCAUCUCUCCCUGCACUUCCCCUUAGAGACCUGCUGUUUGGAAGAAGAAAGGUGGAAUUUGCUUCUCCCAGGAAAUGCUGCACAUUGUCCGUUUACCAGCAUCUUAUAGAAAGUAUAAAUAAGAUUCUACAAAUUUUCUUGAAUUUAAUAAUGUAACUUAUAUUUAUCAUAAGGUUGGCUUAUUCCAAAUCAUGUGAUUUCACAUACUUGAUGUAAAGGAAUGCAUGCAUUGUGUCUUAACCCCUUAAGUGCCUUGAGACGUCUUUGUAUGUCUAAUGAAAAGGCACUCCUUUGACCCCACUAGGAGGUAUGUAUGUAUAUUGUACAUUUACAGUUUUAUGCAUUUUGAAUCAGUUCACAUUUUUUAAAAUAGCUUCUCGUAUUGAGAGUUAUGCAGUCAAAGAAGAGUAAUGAAAUUCUAUUUCUUACUCAAUUCCUGUAUUUUGCCACAAGAAGCCAAGUUAAUUUGUGUUCUACUGAGUGAACGCUCUGCUGCUAUGGAAUUAUUCAAAACCUGCACAUUCCUUUCCUGAGGGACAGGGGUUACAGUUCAGCAGCUGAAGUUAAAAGAUGCUUUAUUCUUCAAAUUUCUUAUUUAUUUUAUCCCUAACUUUAGAAAUAGCAUCUACUAUACACAUUAAAGUUACACAUAUGAAUACUCUGAACUAAAGUUAGAGCAGCUAAUUGUGACUUGUUUCUAUCACUAAGUAAAUGAUCAGCAUUCAUUUCAGUUCUUACCAAGCUUUGUUCACACUGGUCUGUUGGUUGGGAGACCACAAACAAGGGAUGAAACGUCAUUGAGUGUUUCUAAUUGUAAUCCCUCAAUAGCUGAAAGGAGGGCUUUCUUGUCAUUUUUGUGUACAAUUAAAUUGCUCCAGUUUAUAUAUACUUAUUAAGUUAUAAGCAUGUUAAUAUGGAGAGUUUUGAUUGUCCAGCCUGAUGAAGGACCUGCUUCCCUUUAAGGAUGUGUAUAUUCUCCUCUUCAGGUUUUUUAAUUUUUAAGUCCUCAGAGAGAUAGAACUUUGAAAUUGCCCAAUUUUAAUAUAAGUGGAAAUUUUCUCAGCUAUUGAAAUGUUAUAUUACACAAUUACUUUCUAUGGAUUAUGGUUAAAAUAGAUUCACUUACUCUAGUGGUUUCUGAAUAUUUGUGUAUAGUCUUGAUAAAAUUUACAGUUGAAUGGUAGAUAUUUUGGAAUGUCAUUUAGUAUGAGCGGGAGAAUGUACAUUUUAAAAUCUUCAGUAUAAUCUAAAUGAUGUUAUUUCAAAUAUUCAAAAUCCAUAAUAGUAAAUUUUAGGAAGUUAAGUCCUAAACAUUAAUAGCCAAGAUACCAAAUACAUUAUUGUAUUAAAAUAUUUUACCUUUUUUUUAAAGAGAAAAGUAAGCAUGACCUUUAUGUCAAAGAGAAAUUCUUGUAUCUAUUUCUGAAUUUCACAGUCAAGACAGUGUAAGAUAGUAAAUAACUCCGUACAGUCUUUCUUGAACAUUCCACUCGUUGCCAGCAGAUAGAUGUGAUUCAGGCUGCUGUACGACAUCAUGGUAAGUUGAAAAGUGAAAGAAUAAAAUGUCAGGGAUCUAAGAAUUAAUAACUGUUUUGGCAGUAGUUUUUCACCUGAAUUAAAAAGAAAACCUAUCCUAACUAUAUGGACAGAAUAUGACAACCAUAGAUAAAAAGAUAAAGUUAUAUAGACAUAAACAGAUAAAUGUCAUGGUUGGCAUGUUCUUUGAUUUAGGGCUCUGUUUACACUUCUGAGAGUAGCUCUAAUAAUUUGUUGGCAGUGAGCACUUCUGCCUUUUUAAAUCAUUAAUGACAGGCUUGUGGGAUCUUAGUUUCCCGACAAAGGAUCAAACCCUCGCCCCCUGCAGUGGAAGCGCCGAGUCCUAACCACUGGACGGCCAGGGAAGUCCCUGCCUGAGAAUGUUUUUAAUCUGUUCAUCAAUCUAAAUAGGGUUCUAGGAAUAAUCCCAGCUUUCAUACACCAAGUAGUUAUAGAUUCCACUCAUAUCAAUGUAAUAGUGUGUAACAAAGUGCCAGAUUUCUUGUAUCUAAACUACCCUCCCCCUCCAGCGGCCAGUUCUCCACCCCCCCCCCCCGCCCCCACCCUCCUGCAACACACACACACACACUCAAGAAAUCAGUGCUGACUGUUAUUCUCACAACUGGAAAUAGGUAUUGGUGAAUCAAGGGGCUUUUGUAAAUGCUAAGAAAUGUUUGUAAAAACCUUUCCUCUCUGAUUUAGGAUGGUUUUACCAGGUUCAUUUUAGGUCUUAUACUGAACAUCUGGUUUGUGUCAGCACUGUGUACAUAGGUUGAGGAAUAUUUUGGAAUAGACCGCAUUCACAAGAGGCAUACCUGGUAGUAUUUGUUAACCCAGUGCAUACAUCCAAAACCAAGGCAGAGUAAAUAGCAUAAGCAACCCUUUCCUUUGUGCGGCCUGCCCAGCACAAGUGGGGGGCGUUGACCAUGUUGGUUAAGAGUAAAGAGAAAAUUUACAGAUUAAAAACUGACUUCAAGUGUGUAAGCUAUGUUAAGCCAUUAAGACAGGUGCUUGAAGGUUUCAAGUGCUAAUAUAUGCACGUAGAGAUGCUUUUGUGUGAUGAUGGCAUGUGUUGUUUCACAAAGGCUAAUACUAACAAACAGGGGUAAAGGACUGUGGUACCUGUAGAGUUGUGUAUAAUCUGUUGGCAGGUCUGACCAGGUCUGACCAGGUAUUGGAACAAAGGCCUCCCGUCUACACCACAAGUACUACAACCUGAGCGCUGAAAGAAACUUGAAAGAUUUUAUCCAGUCUCACCUUCUAUUCUUAUAGGCAGCGUAUGUGAAUAUCAUAAAUUCUUGUGAAGUUUAGUCUGUUUCAGUUGAAGAGUUAUACUCAGGCAGUGUUUUUACUUAAUAACUUGAUGACCUUAGAAGAUGUCAUUUAAUUUAGAGAACAAGUAGGCUUUAAAAAGCAAUCCUAAUUAGGGUCCCAACUCUGCUUGUCAUGCUUCCCUGAUAAACAGUAGCUUCUGUCAAGUAUUUAGGCUGAUACACAUGCAGUGUGAAAACAUUCUGAAAUGCAAAUUAGAGGUCUAAUUUUUAAAAGCACUUAAAACAUAGAACUAAGAUUUAGAAUGUAUGUCCACUUAUAAUUAAAUAAUUUAUGUUCAUAAUGUGAACGUGCAGUAGAAUUAAAGCAUUACUUGUUUUAUAAUCUUAUCGGGAAGGGAGAAGGAAACAAGAAUUUUUAACAAUGUUCUAUUUAAUAUCCGUGUUUUGAAUAUUUAAAGGUAUUCUGAUGGUAAGAUUGCCAAAGUAGUUUUGAAUUCAUAAAAAUUAUUUAUGCCACAAUAAUGUGGGAUAUGUUUACACCUCUUUUAUUUGUAGUAAUUAUUUUGUAGUUUAGGUGAAUUUGCAUUUAAGUCACUUACAUUAAGGUAAAUAUUUGUUGAAACAAACAUCUUUUAAUAAUAAGAGGAGAGAGAGAAAUUAUGCCACAGCUUUCUUGUAUGUAAGCUGCCAUACCAACAAAGCUUAACACAGCUUACUUCCCACGUUUGCUUCAGCUAGCCAACCACAAUUUCUGCAACCAUUUUUAUUUUUUCUGGUGUUUCCUCUAAGUAAAAUACCUAUGUUUUUAAAACCCACUGGAUUAAUUUUAUCAAAUAUCAGAAUUACUGAUCUGUUGGCAAAAGAUUUAUUGGGGUCUCUGUGAUCACAACACAGCUUGUAGCAACUGUUUUAUAAAGUUUUUAGAGAAUUGUAUAGCUCCAAAGGAAUUUGUAUAAUAACAAAACUUAUUUGAGGGCUAACUGCGAAUAGAUAAUUUCAGCAAUUUUAUAGAGAGCCCAUGAAAUUAAUCCCUAAAUUGUACUUUUCUGGUUUAACUUACUUUACAAAAUCUGCAACUAUUUUCAACACAAUGUUUUAUUACACACAGACUUCAUUUAUUCUCAGCAGCAAUUCCUACAAUAAGCCUUUCAAUGUUAUCAAAAACAAGCCCUAUUUCAGUGAGAAAUUAGACAUUUUAUUUUUAUAAUCUGGGUGAAAUUGUUGUGGGUAGACACCAAAUAGUUAUUUCUGUUUCCAUAUCUAAAUUUGCUGCUACUUAUUUGUAUGUUUUUCUACUGCAGUUUACUGUUGAUUUCUAAAGCUUCCUAGUCAUUGUUACCUUUAUUGUAGUAAUCCAAGCUAAAUGGGCAGCCAGAGGUGGAAUCCACCGGGGUACCAUCCAUCAACAUUGACUAGGUAGGGUUCAGCGCAUAAAUAAGUAAACCAAUUUUUUUUUUAACUUACAAAGUGAAAGGUAUUAGCAAUAUUGCAAGUUAAAGACUACAAUUUUAGGAGGAGGUUCUAAUGUUUAGCUUCCUGAAACCUUUUAAAAUUUCCAAUGCAGGAAUGAAAAUGUUUGAAAGCCUUGUAAAUGCUCGUAGAAGUUUCAGUUAAACACUGUAGAAUUUUCCUACCUAUUGUUGUAUAAAUGAUAUAGAAAAUAUUUUUCUAUGGACAAAAGACUGAAAAUGUUAACUUCUUUUGCUUCAUUGUUUAAAAAGGAAAAAAUGAUAUUUGUAUGUCUUUCAUGCUGUAAAGAAAUGAAUGUAUCUUUCAAAUGUUAUUAGAAUUAAGACUUGAUUCUAAGGAUACUCUUUGUUUAAAAAAAAAGUUAGCAAGGGAUUGAAAAGGAAAGGAAGAGUGUUUUCCACUUCAUUAUACAAAAUGCAAUUUUAGAAGAAAAAUGUAAUUUUCUUUAUAAAUAAGAGCAAUCAUUAUUGAAGUAUAUUUCAAUAUUUCAAAUACCUUCUUUUUCACUUUGCUUUGUGUUAACUUUAGAAGAGAAAUUUUCAAAAAAAUGUGUGCAUACUGUUUUUAAGUGUAAAAUAAUUGAAUUUUAGACUUCUGGAGUGUGUAGGGGUACAUGUGUUUGAGGGUAAGCGUUCAGCUCCAUGCGUUUACCGUGAAGGAAAGUUCUCAGGCUUUGUCACUGUGCCAGCCACAAAUGAGGACAGCAGUCUGAGCGUGUGACUUCGGUGAAGCCAGAAAACCGUGCCUAAGUGUCACCACAGUAAAUAUGUGCAGAGGCCCUGACAAGUAAAUAGUUUGCUUUCUGUUCUCAGUAUCUUGGACAGGUAAGACCACUGAGCCCAACUCUGACGUGUAGCAGUGGUGUCUUAUAUGGUUAAGGGUUUAUUAAUUUAGCUGACAGAAGACGGAAAAAGUCCUACAUUUUAAACCAACAGGCAUAAUUUGUUCAACAAUUUCUUUGAAAGGUAGUAUUUAUUUUAUUUUACUUUAUUUUUUUUUUAAACCCCACAUUUGUUUAUUUAUUUAUUUUUGUUUGUGUUGGGUCCUCGUUUCUGUGCGAGGGCCCUCUCCAGUUGCGGCAAGCGGGGGCCACUCUUCAUCGCGGUGCGCGGGCCUCUCACUGUCGCGGCCUCUCUUGUUGCGGAGCACAGGCUCCAGACGCGCAGGCUCAGUAGUUGUGGCUCACGGGCCUAGUUGCUCCGCGGCAUGUGGGAUCUUCCCAGACCAGGGCUCGAACCCGUGUCCCCCGCACCGGCAGGCAGACUCCCAACCACUGCGCCACCAGGGAAGCCCCGAAAGGUAGUAUUUAUUAUUCAUCACUCACUAAGCUUGGCUCAGUGGGGCCUUUGUUAUGUUGACUCCUACUUCCAUCCCUCCAACUUAAAAAAAAUAAUUAUUAAUCUCCCUUUACGGUAGAGUCUUUGUGAAUAAGGUAAUCUUUUUCCUUCAUUGACUUUUGUUACAGUUGUUGAAGGAUUAAUAUCAGGCCCCCUCAACCCUGAGAGUUUCCAAAAUUUAGCAAAUACUACUUCUGAUAAUCUUAACUAAAAUGUCACAUUGCUACAUGAAGUUACCACCAUGAAGCCAUCAAGGAGACUCAGCCCUACUUACAAUCUUAGACUGAAAGAGGUGCUGAUUUGUGGUUUCACUGUAGUGACACUUGAACCCGUUUUACCUUUUAUUGAAAGAAGCUUUUUCGUUUCUACUCCUGAAUUGUAGUGUUCCAUUUUUUUUUUUUGCCUUCCUGAGCAGGAAAAUUUCAACCCAAUUCUGGGAGUCUCUGGCACUCAUCUUUUCCCACCCUUCAGUUAGUUGACAAGAUUAUUCAUGCUUUCUUGUGUUCUGUAGAGUAGGUCAGAUUUCAAUGCUGAAAUUGAUUUCUUGAAUUUCAAACAGCACUUUAUUUCAUGCUUACUACUGACUUAAUUUAUACAUUUAAAGGUAAAAUUUAUCCCAGGAGUUUUGUAAAUAUGGAAAAAUACAAUGGAUUAACAUGUAGAACUCAUUGGAUUGGACCCAAGUUUAAAUGCUUUACCAUGAUCUCUUGAUCAUUUGAUAUUUAAAAGGUAACUUGUGUGAUUUUAGCUUUGCCACUUUUUUUGUAGUUUAUUUAGCACAAUAAAGGCUCUUGCUGGACUCUGAGUCCUCUCAGCUAGCUUCAGCCAAGUUGGGUUCACUAUAAUCAUUCUGCUAGCUUCAGCCAAGUUGGGUUCACUAUAAUCAUUCUGCUUUGCGUUUCUGUACAUUACUUGAACACCUGGAAACCCAUCUGUUUGGUUUUGAGUUGUAUUAGGCGUUAAGUCAGUGCUUCACCACCAGUAACUUGAAGGGGGCAAAGUCCUGACACUUCGUAUACAUGUUGAGGGGCAGGAUUUAAGAGACUAAAAGUUUACAUGAAGCUGUUUUCGUUUUCUGUCAUUAGAAUAUUUCUGCUUUUAGGCAAAUAAAAGCUGUCCAGCCGGUGUUCCUGCAGCACCAGGGAGCUGCAGUUACAAUCCAUACGGUAACCUUUUCAAAUAAGAAAUGCUAGUCUUUAUUUUCUACAGUGUAGGCUAGAUUUUAGGACAGAUAGUUUACUAUACACUCAUCAAGGAUAUUUUUAAGUAGUAGUUUUAAAAAUAUUUCUAUGUAGAGGCUGUUUUAAUUUGGGAAUUUUUUUUUCUUGUAACAGGUGCUAUAUGUAAAUAUGAAGGGCAAAAAGUCAUUUAGUUAAAAGUCUAGUUUAUUUCCUAAUUAAAUUAUGAUUUUACAUAUUUGCUGCCGUUUCACGUUUGAUUGUACUGAACUAAAUGGAAUUAGCCCCUUAAUUUUUUAAAUUCUCUUUCCCUGUUUCACAAAAAUAUCUCUUUCCAUAUGGUUUCCCAUAGUUAGGAGACAGAGAAGCUUAGGGUUCACUUAAAAUGUUUAAGCUUGAAUUUGGUCAACACUGGAUAAUUUGAAAUCAUCACUAUGCAUUUGUCACUGCAGCUUACUGUGUGCUUGAAAGGCUUUGUGGAUUUGUCUUAAUUUCAGUGAAAAAUUAGAAUUCCUGCAAUGAGUUUCAUGUAAAAAAAACUAUGAAUACUAACAGCAAACAGGAUAAAAAUGUUGAUUUGCAUUAAAACUGUUUUAACCCUAAGAGCAGUUUAUGUUAUGUGAAAUGCUAUUAUUAUACAUAUUUUGUUGGCCAUAAUUCAUUUUGAUUGAGAACUAGUUGUUCAGGUUCAAACGUGAAAAAACUCUAGCUGUGACUUUAAAUUGUUCAACUGCAAAAUAAAG